CUCGGCUCCCUUACAGGGGGAGGGCGGAGUCAAAGCAGCAACCAUCUGGACGAGAAACUCCUCCAGUUCUCUUCGACGCGCCGGGUUGUUCCUGUGCGGUUUGUAACGAGGGCUGCGCGUUGAGGUGAGGGGAGGAGGUUCCGCCUGUCGUCGGAUUAUCGGAGAUUAACAGUUCGCCGGUGCAGCAGCAGACGCUCGGGCAGGCAGUUUCAGACUUCUCUCUCUCGUCGCCAUGGCCGAGACUACGGGAAAAUUUGACUUCGCCAUCGACCGCGGUGGCACCUUCACGGAUGUGUUUGCCCGGCUGCCCGACGGCCGGGAGAGGGUCCUGAAGCUUCUCUCCAGGGACCCCCAGAACUACAAAGACGCUCCCACUGAGGGGAUCCGCAGGGUCCUGGAGGAGGAAACGGGCAAGGCGUUUCCUCGUGACCAGCCCGUGGACACGUCCCUGAUUGGCUGGAUCCGAAUGGGUACUACGGUGGCAACCAACGCGCUGCUGGAGAGAGAAGGAGAAAGAACGGCGCUCCUGGUCACAAAAGGCUUCAAGGACCUUCUCCACAUCGGCACACAGGCCAGACCGAAGCUGUUUGACUUGGAGGUUGCGAUGCCUGAGGUGUUGUAUGAGGAGGUGAUAGAGGUGGAUGAGCGCGUCGUCCUCAGGCAAGAUGGCUGCCAGCUACCCAGGAAAGAUCCCAAACGCACCGUCACGGGCAGUACGGGGGAUACUCUGGAGGUGUUGAGGGAGCUGGAUUUGGAGCAAGUGGAGAAAGAUCUGAGAGGAGUGUUGUCCCGUGGUAUCACCAGCCUGGCUGUCCUUCUGCUGCACUCGUACACAUGGUCUGAUCACGAGAAAGCGGUGGGAGCUCUGGCUCGCCGUCUGGGCUUCACCCAGGUUUCUCUUUCCAGCGAGGUCAUGCCGAUGGUGAGGGCGGUCCCUCGCGGUUACACGGUCUGCGCCGACGCCUACCUCACGCCAAAAAUUCGUCAGUAUUUGAAAGGCUUCACCUCUGGCUUCAGAGGUGGUCUGGAGGACGUGGACGUGUUGUUCAUGCAGUCAGAUGGAGGUCUGACCCCCAUGGAUCAGUUCUGCGGUUCUCGGGCCGUUCUGUCCGGCCCGGCGGGGGGUGUGGUGGGGUACGCGAUCACCUCUUACAGCCAGAUGGAGAAAAAACCCGUGAUUGGCUUCGACAUGGGCGGAACCUCCACUGAUGUGAGUCGAUAUGCAGGCCAGUAUGAACACGUGUUUGAAGCCACCACCGCCGGAGUCACCCUGCAGGCCCCUCAGCUGGAUAUCAACACCGUGGCUGCAGGUGGAGGAUCUCGACUCUUUUUCAGAUCAGGGAUGUUUGUGGUUGGACCAGAGUCUGCAGGUGCACAUCCAGGACCGGCCUGUUACAGAAAAGGCGGCCCUCUGACUGUGACUGACGCUAACUUAGCUCUGGGGCGUCUCCUUCCUUCCUUCUUCCCUAAAAUCUUCGGGCCCGGGGAGAACGAGCCGUUGUCCUUGGAGGAGACCACGAAGCACUUCCGCCAACUCACUGAAGAGAUCAACCUCUUCCUGUCUUCUAGCCAGUCGCAGGCUGGCACAAACGGAGCCAACGGCUCGCACAACAGCACGUCAGAAAUGAGCAUGGAGGAGGUCGCCAUGGGAUUCAUUCGCGUUGCAAACGAGGCCAUGUGCCGACCAAUCAGGGCUCUGACACAGGCCAAAGGUCACGACACAUCUCAACACGUGUUGGCUUGUUUCGGGGGCGCAGGCGGCCAACACGCCUGCGCUAUAGCACGAGCCCUCGGGAUGAAGACCGUUUUUAUACACAAGUACAGUGGUGUGUUGUCAGCCUAUGGCCUGGCUCUAGCUGAUGUUGUGGAGGAGGUUCAGGAGCCGUGCUCGCUGCAGUACGAGCAGAACUCUUUCGGCGAGCUCGACCGGAGGGUGGAGCAUCUCUCCAAGCGCUGCCACGAUGCGCUUCACUCACGCGGCUUCACCAGCGGUCAGAUAACCACUGAGGUCUUCCUCCACCUGCGCUACGAGGGCACCGACUGCGCUCUCAUGGUUACUGCUGCCGGUUACCCUAGCAACGCCCAGUCCUGUCAAGCCGGCGACUUCCGCGGCGCCUUCACCCAACGUUAUCUGAAGGAGUUUGGAUUUACCAUCCCAGACAGACCCGUCAUGGUGGAUGACAUCAGAGUGAGGGGUUGUGGGAAAUCCGGCAUCAAGUCAGUGCACAAGACAAAGGCGGGACACAGGCAGGCCAAACCCGUCACGAUGACCAAGUGUUACUUUGAGGGCGGCUACCUCGACACCAGUGUGUAUCUAUGGGAGGAGCUGGCAUGUGGUCACGACAUCCAAGGACCAGCAAUCAUCAUCGACAAAAACAGCACCAUCCUCGUGGAGCCCUGCUGUGAAGCCCAUCUGACAGAAGGGGGCGACGUUUGCGUGACCGUGGGCUCCGACCCUCACUGCGCUCUCGGCACCGAGCUCAACACCGUCCAGCUCUCGAUCUUUUCCCACCGCUUCAUGAGCAUAGCGGAGCAGAUGGGCAGAGUUCUCCAAAGAACCUCCAUCUCCACGAACAUCAAGGAGCGCCUCGACUUCUCCUGCGCCGUGUUCGGACCAGAUGGAGGUCUAGUGUCCAACGCGCCCCACAUCCCCGUCCACCUGGGGGCCAUGCAGGAGACUGUCCAGUACCAGAUCAGAUCUGUGGGGAACAAGCUGAAAGAAGGGGACGUGAUUCUAAGUAACCACCCGUGUGCCGGAGGCAGCCAUCUCCCAGACCUCACAGUCAUCACGCCAGUGUUCAGAAAAGGGGUGAGCGGCCCCGUGUUCUUCGUAGCCAGCAGGGGGCACCAUGCUGACAUCGGAGGCAUCACCCCGGGCUCCAUGCCCCCACACUCCACCACCCUGCAGCAGGAGGGCGCUGUCUUCACCUCCUUUAAACUGGUCACUGGUGGCGUCUUCCAGGAGGAAGCUGUGACCGAGGCCCUGAUGGCUCCAGCCCAGUACCCAGACUGCUCUGGGACUCGUAAUCUCCAUGACAACCUGUCAGACCUCCGGGCUCAGGUGGCGGCCAAUCAGAGAGGCAGCCAGCUGGUGGGGGAGUUGAUUGACAGCUACGGGCUGGCCGUGGUUCAGGCGUACAUGGGCUACAUCCAGAGUAAUGCAGAGCUGGCUGUGAGGGACAUGCUGAAAGACUUCGCGCGUCGUCGACGGCAACAGACCGGCUCCUUGGAGGUGGAGUCGGAGGAUUUCAUGGAUGACGGGACGCCGAUCAGACUCCGGGUCCAGAUUAAUGAAGAAGAGGGCAGUGCGGUGUUUGACUUCACCGGGACGGGAACAGAGGUGUGGGGGAACUGCAACGCUCCACGAGCCAUCACCCUCUCUGCUCUCAUCUAUUGCCUGCGGUGCAUGGUGGGACAGGACAUUCCCCUCAACCAGGGUUGUCUGGCACCAAUCAAAGUUAUCAUCCCCCCUGGCUCCAUCCUCCAGCCUUCCCAGAAUGCAGCUGUGGUUGGAGGAAAUGUGCUCACGUCCCAGAGGGUGGUCGACGUCAUUUUCAAAGCGUUUGAGGUUUGCGCCGCCUCACAGGGGUGCAUGAACAACAUUUCCUUUGGGAGCGAGAGGGUUGGUUACUAUGAGACCGUGGCCGGGGGGGCCGGGGCGGGACCGGGCUGGAACGGGCGGAGUGGAGUCCACAGUCACAUGACCAACACCCGCAUCACAGACCCAGAGAUUCUGGAGAAGAGAUAUCCAGUGAUUUUAGAGCAGUUCUCUCUGAGGCCUGAAUCAGGAGGUGUGGGCAAAUACUGCGGAGGGGACGGUGUCAUCCGUAAACUUCUGUUCAGGGACAACGUGGUUCUGUCUGUGCUGACGGAGAGGAGAGCCACGCGCCCCUACGGCCUCCAGGGAGGUGAGAAUGGUGAAGCAGGACUGAACCUCCUUCACAGAGCCGACGGCCGAGUCCUCAACCUGGGAGCCAAGACCAGCGUCAGCCUGCAGCCGGGGGACAUGUUCUGCCUCUACACCCCAGGAGGAGGCGGAUACGGAAAGGAGGAGGAAGUAAACAGCGGCCGUCAGACCAAGAGGAGGCGCCUGAACGAGACGUUCGCCGAGCGGGGCAGCGUCUUUGAGUACCGGAUGGCACAAGAGGGAGUGUGAGAGGAAACGAGGGAGAGUUGAGAGAAGAGGGUCAAAGAAAUGGUCAGAGACUUUUAGGUGGUAAGAUCAGCUAAACACUAAAACUAAAAGAUGGUUCUCAGUAACACCGUUGUGCUUUAUGUGUGUGUAGAUGUCACGUGUCACAUAUGACGUUAACAGACUUACGUUCACGUUAGCAGGGAAGGUGAUCGGCUCCAAUUCAGACCAAAUACGGCAUCAGAAAGAUCACGUGUGGCUCAGUUUAACAUUCCUCUUGUUAACUGGAAUAGUUUCUGUUCCGGUACUAACUCCACUCUGCCAACCACUUCUCCAUGUAGCUUAAGUUCUGUUAUUUUAACAAGACUGACAAAUAAAUUCCAUUUCUACUGA